AAUCAUGUACGAAGAAUGGGAAUGGUUCUGCGGGAACAACAACACUUACCUUUCUACCGACCUCUCCAGUGAAUGGGUCGGCAACACGUGCUUCAUAAACGGACUGGCAUUGCUGCCGCAUGUCGCAUUCAUAUUUUUCUUUGCCCUUGCGCUCUUCGAACUGGGAUGCGUCUGCAACAACCGUAAACGGGGCAAAACUAAGUAUGUCCUGUGUUAUCCGGGUCACACGGUGCGGUGGCUGGUCAGCCUCGCGUCGCUGCUCGUUCUGGCCGCAGCCAUCGGUGAGGGAGUUCUGACGGACGAGACGUACCGGGCAUGGCAGCAGUCUACCCAACCCCACUAUUACGCCCCCAGUGCCGCUGCCUUCAUUGCCAUGGUCCUGUCACUCGUCUACUACCAUCACAUGGAGCUGUGGCAGAUACCUUCAAUGUCCAUCUUGCUCCUGAUUUAUUGGGUCUUGGCCUUGAUCGGAGAAUCACUACAGCUAGCUGACCUCAAGCACCACGAUAUAGUCGACGUCACCGUGCUUCGGUUUGAUCUGACGGUACUGAUGGUGAUCGCAUACGGCAUCCUCCUUCUGAACGAACUAAAUUUGAUCAGAAUAAAGGUUGUUGGAACCAGUAAGCUCAAAACAAUCAACGAAGACCUCCAAAACCCCAACAUGCACUUCAUGGACGACUACGUGAGCCUCUUGUCUAAAGCAACCUUUUGGUGGAUGAACUGGGUGUUUGCGAAAGGCUACAAGAAGCCACUGGAGCACAAAGACCUGGGGGACAUCCCGGAAAGACAUAGAGCCCAUCACAACCACAAACUAUUCCAAGAGGCUUUCGACAGGGAGCUGGAUCGGGCAGAGAGGAAGGACACCAAACCAUCUAUGUUCAGAAUCUACAUUGAUGCCUACGGGACAGUGUUGCUUGAAGGUGCAUUGUACAAGAUGAUAGCCGACGUCUUAAAUAUCAUUGGGCCUCUUUGUAUCGGAGCCAUCACAGGUUUUGUUGCCAAAGUCACGAUUUCAGCAGAUACAAAGCCACCUGCUCCACAUUACGUGGAAUUCGGCGAGUUCUUCGCCAAUGGCUACGUCCUGAUUGUGACUCUGUUCCUGGUGGUAAUAUUGAAAGCAUCCUUCCAGAAUAUGCACUUCAAAGUGGUUUUCGUGGUGGGUGCGAACGUCCGAGCGGCCUUACAGAGUGUGGUCUACAAGAAGGCGUUACGACUGGCCACUUUUACUACUUCGGGAGGCCAGAUGUCCAUGGGCCAAGUCACCAACCACAUGUCCGCAGAUGCCACAAAUGUCCAGGUCAUGUUUCAGUUCAUUAACUUUAUGUGGUCGGCUCCUUUUACGAUCAUCAUCAUCUUGAUUUUCCUGUAUUUCGAAAUUGGUUUCUCGGCGCUCCUAGGAGCUUCCUUGUUCCUCGUCGCUGUCCCGAUUCAGUUCCGAGUUGCAGCCAUCCUUGCCAACAGGCAGAAGCUUAUUUUGGGUUGCUCGGACCAGCGUCUCAAGCUAACCAACGAGCUUCUACAAGGAAUCAAACUAUUGAAGAUGUACGCCUGGGAAGAGCUCUAUUGUAAGCAAAUCGAGGCGGUCCGAAAGAAAGAAGUGCGCCACUUAUUGUACAUCAGUUUAUGCAUGAUCACCUCGGUGUCUAUAACAUUCGGAGUUCCAAUUUUAGUGACAUUAGUGGCCUUUGUGACAUUUGAGCCACUUUACGGAACACCGCUGACGCCUGAAAUCACCUUUUCUUCUUUGUCGUUCUUCAAUUUGAUCGCGAUUCCGCUCUUCCAGAUACCCCUGUCGGUAUCGACCGUCGUGGGCUCUAUCGUCAGCUCCAAGCGAAUUCUAAACUUCCUCCUGGCUCCUGAAGUCGAAGGGAACCGUGGAAAACUUAAGGAGCAUGGAGAGACGCAGGAAAAUAACCAUUCAAAAGAUCAGAAGAAGUAUAACGAUGCUAGUAGGGUAGUGUUUCACCAACUCGUUACCGACGAUCUCGAGCCAACAAUCUCUAUCGGCAUCCAGACCGAUGACACGGAUGAGGAGACGGGGCCAAUAACGAAUGGCAUCUCGCUAACAGAGUCUACCAGCUCACCUGUACCUUCCAGCCCAAAUACGGACCGAUUAGCAAUCAAGAUCACUGAUGGUAACUUUGUUUGGGACCCUGAAAGUACGACACCUGUCCUGUCCAACAUAGAUGUGGAGAUUCCAGCAGGCAAAUUGACAAUAGUGAUUGGUCAGGUUGGAAGUGGGAAGUCAUCACUAUUGGCGGCCAUGUUGAAUGAAAUGACGACACUCUCUGGGAAUGUACACAUUAAUGAUGAAAAGGACGGCAUUGCAUUUGCAGCUCAGAAACCCUGGCUUAUGAAUGCUUCGAUGCGGGAGAAUAUUCUGUUCACUACAAAGUUGGAAAGGAAACGGUAUAAAGGGGUCUUGGAUGCAUGUGCGCUCUUACCAGACAUCGACAUUUUACCGGCUGGAGAUAAAACAGAGAUUGGAGAGAAAGGCAUCAAUCUGAGCGGAGGACAAAAGCAGCGUGUCAGUGUGGCAAGGACCAUUUACGCUGACAGGGAUAUCAUCAUUUUGGACGAUCCCCUGUCGGCGCUGGAUGUUCACGUCGGCCGUCAACUAUUCGAAGAAGGAAUCAUGAAACAGCUUGUGAACAAAAACAAAACAGUGAUUCUUGUCACCCACCAGCUGCAGUAUCUUAGCAGAGCCGACCUGAUACUGGAAAUGAAAGAUGGUCGUAUCGUUGCCAGAGGAAGCAUAGAUGACAUCAUUAAGGCAGAUCCCGAAAUGUACGAGGAGAUCAAACAGGUGUCAGCAGUGGGAUGGAAUGACAGUCAAGCCGAGAGCGCCGAGGAGGAACGGUCAAAGUUGAAGCGAAGCAUUUCCGUCGUAUCAGCAGAACUUAUUCAGGGUGAUGGGAAGUUAAUACAGCAGGAAGAAAUGGUCCGUGGAGCUGUGUCUUAUAAGACCUACAUGUAUCUGAUGAGCAACAUCGGCUGGGCAGUAAUCUGCUUCGUUGCCCUCGCUGUGGCCAUGCAAUCAUCGCUGUCUGUCGUUACCAACUUCUGGCUGUCCGACUGGUCUGAAUCUGGCUUACAUCCGGCCAACGAGAGUGACAGAACUUACAACGAGUAUCUUGGCGGGUACGCAGGCCUCUCGAUCGGAACCGCAUUAAGUCAAGUACUUCAAACAUCGGCUAUUAUUCUGUCUUUCACGUUGACGGCCAAGCGCCUGCAUAUGAAAAUGUUACGGAAUAUCGUACAUGCACCGCUAAGGUUUUUCGAUACCACUCUUGUCGGGCGGAUUCUAAAUCGAUUCUCGAAUGACACCCAGAUAAUCGACUUUAGACUAGCCAACUCGUACAAUGGAUUCACCGUCAGCAUCAUGCAGAUUAUAGCGUCAGUAGUUGUCGUUGGUAUUGUCAUGCCAAUCUUCCUCGCCUUUGUCGUCCCGAUAGCCAUCUUGUAUUUCUUCUUACAAAAGUACUACCUAGCGGCAUCCAGAGAGAUGCAACGGUUGGACAGCACCAGCAAAUCUCCAGUCAUUUCUUAUUUCUCGGAGAGUCUUGGCGGACUGACUACAAUCCGUGCUUACAGAAAAGAGAGUACCUUCUACAACACAAUCCUGACUCGAAUCGACAGGAACACAACGGCGUUUCUUUAUUUGCAGGUUGGGGCUAGAUGGCUUGGUGUGAGGCUGGACCUCGUGGGAGCCUUGUUUGUGCUUAUUGCUACGUUGACCACGUUAAUUGGCUCCUUGGUGUUCAAUAUUAUCAGUUCUAGUGCGGUUGGCCUGAGUUCCACCUACAGUUUACAGAUAUCUCAAUAUCUCAACUUUUUCAUGAGAAAUCGGACGGAGGUUGAGAUGCAGAUGAACGCUGUGGAGCGAAUUCAGCACUACACGAACGUGGGCAGGGAGGACUACGGAGGGACCGAGCCUUCAAAAGGCUGGCCGCAUACUGGAGAGAUACGAAUUGACAAUGUCUCGGUUCGGUAUGCAGAGGGUCUUGAUGCUGUGAUCAGAAAUGUGUCUGUGUUCCUCAAAUCUGGGGAAAAGGUUGGUAUCUGUGGCCGAACGGGAAGUGGCAAAUCCUCCCUCACCUUGGCACUGCUGCGUGUCAUAGACAUCUUUGAAGGUCGGAUAUUCAUCGACGGUGUCAACAUUAUGUCCGUACCACUAAUGGAACUUAGGAGCAGCAUAUCAAUUAUACCACAAGACCCAGUGCUCUUCACGGGACCCGUCAGAGCAAAUUUGGAUCCGGAAAGGAACGUGUCCGAUGAUGAGAUGUGGCAUGCUCUCGAGAUUGCACAGCUGAAAGACGUCGUCUCCCAGCUUGACGGUGGAUUAGAUGCAGUUGUUACAGAGGGCGGUGAGAAUUACAGCGUUGGCCAGCGGCAGCUGUUCUGUCUGGCUCGUGCCUUUCUUAGGAAAUCACAUAUCCUCAUUAUGGAUGAAGCCACAGCCUCAGUAGAUAUGGAAACGGACAAGAUAUUGCAGACCAUUGUUGCUAAUGCCUUUGCAGAUAGAACUGUUUUAACAAUCGCACAUCGUAUAGCGACCAUUAGGACCUAUGACAAGAUUAUCGUGUUGGACGCGGGAAGGGUGGCAGAGUUUGGAAGCCCUGACGAGCUCCUAGCCGACGAGGAUGGAAUGUUCACGGCGCUAGUCGAAGACGAGUGAGGAAUCAGGGAUCAUCCA